GCCCACUAAACCCUGAUGCUGCUUUCUGUUUUUGUCUCUGUAUCCUCAGAGUCCAGAGGACAGGUCACAGUGACUCAGCCUGCAGCAGUGAGCUCUGCUCUGGGAGCCUCCGUCUCCAUCUCAUGUAGGACCAGUCAGGAUGUUUAUUAUAGCAGCCCAAACCACUACUUAGCCUGGUACCAACAGAAAGAUGGAGGAACUCCUAAACUGCUUAUAUACCGUGCUAGCACUCGAGAAUCAGGGAUUCCAGAUCGUUUUUCAGGCAGUGGAUCAAACUCUGCCUUCACUCUGACCAUCAGUGGAGUCCAGACUGAAGAUGCAGCAGUUUAUUUCUGUAAAGGAGAAUUCGAUGCAAGCAAGUAUGAUAUGUUCACACAGCUGAUGCUGCUUUCUGUUUUUGUCUCUGUAUCCUCAGAGUCCAGAGGACAGGUCACAGUGACUCAGCCUGCAGCAGUGAGCUCUGCUCUGGGAGCCUCCGUCGCCAUCUCAUGUAGAACCAGUCAGAAUGUUUAUAGUAGCAACCGUCUAGCCUGGUACCAACAGAAAGAUGGAGGAACUCCUAAACUCCUCAUUUCCUAUGCUAGCACUCGAGCAUCAGGGAUUCCAGAUCGUUUUUCAGGCAGUGGAUCAAACUCUGCCUUCACUCUGACCAUCAGUGGAGUCCAGACUGAAGAUGCAGCAGUUUACUACUGUCAGAGUUAUCACUAUAUCAACAGUCAGUAUGUGUUCACACAGUGAAAAAGUGUCGUACAAAAACCUCC